CAACGAGCUCAAUGCCGGGCCCCGCUGCCGCUUGGUCGACAACUGCAGAAGAGACAGACGUUGAUCGAGCCAAGUCGAGCUCUUUCACCUCUCGGGAGGUGCUUCCACCAACUUAACCCAAACGCCACACGCCACACGCCAAUUGAAUUGACCCACGAUGGCCGGCAAGAUCAAGAAGAAGGGCCAGGCCGGCCAGGCGCGGAACUACAUGACGCGCACGCAGGCAGUCAAGAAGCUGCAGCUUAGCCUGCCCGACUUCCGCAAGCUGUGCAUCUGGAAGGGCAUCUACCCGCGCGAGCCGCGCAGCCGCAAGAAGGUGUCCAAGUCGGCCACCCCGUCCACCACCUUCUACUACACCAAGGACAUUCAGUACCUGCUGCACGAGCCGCUGCUGCAGAAGUUCCGCGAACAGAAGGUGCUCGAGAAGAAGAUCUCGCGCGCCCUCGGCCGCGGCGACGUCUCGGACGCCGCCCGCCUCGAGCGCAACGCCGCCCGUCCCGACAAGACCGGCAGGCCGCGCUACACGCUCAACCACGUCGUCCGCGAGCGCUACCCGACCUUCACCGACGCCCUGCGCGACCUCGACGACUGUCUGUCCAUGCUGUUCCUCUUCGCUAAUCUCCCGUCCACCACGGCCGUGCCCGCCAAGAUGAUCGCCCGCUGCGAGCGCCUGUGUCUCGAGUUCCAGCACUACCUCAUUGUGUCACACAGCCUGCGCAAGUCGUUCCUGUCCAUCAAGGGGAUAUACUACCAGGCCAACAUCCAGGGCGAGGACAUUUUGUGGCUGGUGCCCUACAAGUUCAACCAGAGGAUCGUCGGUGACAUUGACUUUCGCAUCAUGGGCACCUUUGUCGAGUUCUACAUGACGGUCCUCGGCUUUGUCAACUACAGGCUGUACACCUCGAUCGGGCUCAAGUAUCCGCCCCGGUUCGACCAGCUCAAGGACGACCAGGGUGCCGAGCUCGGCGCCUUUUCCCUCGAGGUUGUCAAUCCGGAGGCAAAGGGCGAGACCAAGGCCAUCACGAACGGCGAGGCGGAGCAAGGCCCCGACCCGAACGUCCAGGCCGAGGUGAACAAAGUGGUGCAACAGUUGAGGCUCGAGUCGAAUGAAGCAGCCGCCGCUGAAGACAGUCUGGCGCAAAGGGAGGUCCAGGGCGAGGAGGCGCCCAGCGAUGCCCUCGACAAGUUUGAGCCCGUAGCACCCGGCGGCGACGUCCUGCCGCAACCGUCGUACAGCAACACCGACCCUUCGCAGCUGUUCUCGAACUUCACCUUCUACCUCUCCCGCGAGACGCCCCGUCAGCCGCUCGAAUUCAUCCUCCGCGCAUUCGGCUGCAAGAGGAUAGGCUGGGACUCGGUCCUUGGGGAGGGCGCCUAUACUCACGACGAGUCGGACCCGUCCAUCACGCACCAGAUCGUCGACCGGCCGGUGAUCCGGGCUGCCAUGAGCGAGGGUGGCGACGGCGAGGACAACCAGACCACGCAGAAGCUCGGCCCGAACCAGCGGUAUCCGGGGCGCAUAUAUGUACAGCCGCAGUGGGUGUGGGACAGCAUCAACGACGAGGAGCUGAAGAGCCCCGAGCUGUACGCGCCCGGUGCGUCGCUGCCGCCGCAUCUCAGCCCCUUCGUCAAGCCAACGAAUGGGCAGUACGAUCCCACCCGCCCUCUGGAGGAGCAGCAAACAGAGGGCGAGGCGCUCGACGCCGAGCUGGAGGAUGCCAACGGGGAGGACCAGGACGGCGAGGAGUCCGAGGUUGAGAACGACAUGGACGUCGCCUCCGAAGACGAAGACGAGGGAGAGGAUGAAUUUGGUGGCUUCUCCGGAGCGGAAGAGGACGAGGCAGAGGAAGAGGAAGAAGAAGAAGAAGAAGAAGAAGAAGAAGAAGAUGGCUCGGAGGACGUGGAGGAAUCGGCGGCACGGCAGCGGCAGCGCGAGCUCGAGGCCGAGAUCUCGGGCAAGCCGGUGCCGAGGAAGGCGGACGCCAAGGCGCAGGCCAAGCUGCAGGCCAAGAAGGCGCUGCUGCGGAAGCAGCGGCAGGAGGCCGAGGAAUUGGAGCGCGCCAAGGGCAUGCUCAGCAAGAAGAAGCGCAAGCUGUUCGAGCAGAUGCAGUACAGCAACAACAAGCGGAGCGCCGAGGACAUGAAGCUGCGCGCCAAGAGGAGGAAGCUGGAAAAGGAGCUGGCGAAGAAGGCGUAGUGUAUUUUUCUUUUUUUCUCGCAUCUUUCUUGUCAUAUGAGAUUUGUUGUUGCAAUACAAUGAGAUACCACCGCCGUGUUGGCGGUGUAACUGGGCGCGUGCUGAAUUUCUUGCGCUUGUCUGCCUGUCGGUGUCACCCACGAUAAACGCCAGGGAGUUCACCUACCAGCCGCGGAUUACAUCGGGACUUUGCAGAAUCAAGCAAGUGCCACCCAGGUGCACACAAUUGAUUACAGGACAGCUUAACAACAGACAACUCGCGGAUAUACUUGUUGUCGCAUGCUAGUGCACACGUGACUCCAUCUGCCAGGCUCCCUGCGCUCAGGGGGCAUAUGUCAGCUCUGCCCACAUAUAUAUAUAGACCUCGGUGCUCCUCCCACCCUGCAUAAGAGGAGUACCUCUCUCAAUACAUAUAUCUCUACAUUCUAUAUAGCCCCACUUCGCUACUCUCCUCAGUUAUAAGCCUAGUUCGCGUACAACACUUAUAAUAGCG